AUGCUAUUAAAACUCUCCAUCCUUUCCCUCCUCUGUGCUCUAGAGGUUGCUUGGGCCUCGGAGGCCUCCGCAUGUUUCUCGCCCGACGCCAAAGGUAAAGCCGGCUAUGAAGCAUGUUGUGCCAACCAGGACAACGGCAAAGGCACUGUAGGCGGCGUCGUUUUCGAAUAUACCUGCAAAACAUUCCUCAAGAAUGGCAAUGACUAUGGCACAACCCACCGGGGAGUCUCCAGCGCGAGGGAAUGCGCCCAGCUAUGUGCCAGCGACUCGAGCUGCCAGGGCAGCUCCUGGGGGAGCGGCAUAUCUCAAUGCUUCCUGCUGUCGAGCAAAGGAUACACCCGGUAUACCCCCAACCCCGGGUUCCUCAUUCUCGAGAAGACGCCCGAGGAGCCGGAGAAACCGGAUCGUACCAAGGACUGUCAGGAUCUGGUUGAUGCGGGCAAGAAAGAAGGCGAGGCCCAGUGCGCGACGGAGAAGGAUAGACUCCGACAGGAGGGAGAACAGGCUUUGCGUGAGUGCCAGAAGCAGAAGGAUGCCGCUGUUGUAGAGUCCAAGACGCAGUGUGAGAAGGAGAAAGACGAGCUGCGUAAACAGGCCGAGGGAGCCGCGCAGAAAGAGCACGAGCAAUGCGAGAAAGACAAGUCUCAACUGCGCCAGGAACGCGACGACGCGCUGCAAAAGUGCAAGUCGGACUGUGAAGCGGAGAAGGAACAGCUCCGCCAGCAAGGCACCGGUGCAGCAAAACAGUGCGAGAGCGACAAGGCGGGACUGCAGCAGCAGCUCAAGACCUGCCAGGACAAGCAGCAGCCGCCGAAGCCUACCGACACGACCGAAGCCCAGGACCCCAAGUGCCGGGAUAACAGCUGGCAGAAUAUGUGUGGUGGCGUCUGCCAAGAGGAGACCUUCACCCUUGCUGGAGUUGUGUUCAAGAAGAAAUGCUUUGUGCGGACUGUCUUGGGACGGGAAGUGCAGGUCUACCACCGCUCGUCGCUUCUCGAGUGCCUUGAGAAGGACUGUGCUCCCAACAGCAACUGCCUGGGUGUCGGAUGGAGGCCAUGGGAGGUAGGACAAUGCCAUGUUCAUAUGAGCGUCGGCCGUGGUCUUCGCACCUCGUACCAUCCCCACGAGCAUCUGAUCUACGCAAAGGAUCGAGUUGCUCCUACGGGAGUAUAA